AUGUGUCUGGGAGGGUUGACCAGCAGACCCGAUAUUGCAAUCGCUACGGCCAUUCUGGGCAGGAGAGUGCAAGAUCCAUCAGAUGCAGAUUGGAACGAGGCCAAACUGAUACUACGUUACCUCAAGGGUACACUGGAUAGUGUUUUGUACCUUGGAAGCGGCGAACAAAAGCUGGAGUGUUUUGUGGACGCCGAUUGGGCAGGCGACGAGAGCGACCGCAAAUCCAACUCGGGAUUCGUGUUUAAGUUCGGCGGCGGGCUCAUCGGAUGGGGCUGUCAUAAACAGAAGUGUGUGUCACUAUCUAGCACCGAGGCCGAAUAUGUUUCCCUUGCCGAGUGUCUACAAGAGGUAAAGUGGAUCCUGAAACUGAUGGCGGAUGUUGGCGAGCAACUGGAUGGUCCAGUUCUGGUUAACGAAGACAAUCGAAGUUGCAUUGCGCUGACUAAAGGAAACCGAGCCGAACGUAAAACAAAGCACACCGAUACGAAAUUUAAUUUCGUGAAAGAUAUGGUUCGGGACGGCAUCGUGAAACUGCAGUACUGCCCAACCGAACACAUGCAAGCUGAUUUGCUUACCAAACCGUUGCAAGCAGUGAAACUUCGACAACUUAAGGAAGCGAUCGGAUUAAAACCAUUCAGUGUUGAGGAGGAGUGUUGA